AUGGCACUGGGAGUCAUGAGUUUGCUAUGCUCAUUCCUGGCCGUCCUGUCGAUCGCCAUGACGGCGACCGCUGGCGACGAGGCCGCGCUGCUUGCUUUCAAAGCGCACCUCAGCAAUGGUGGCUUGCUGGCCUCUUGGAACAGCAGCGCCGGCUUCUGCAGCUGGAAAGGCGUGACGUGCAGCCACCGAAGGCCAGCGCGGGUGGUGGCGCUGAGAUUGAACGCCACCGGGCUCACUGGGCCACUCUCCCCGGCCAUCGGGAACCUCACGUUCCUGCGGACUCUCGACCUGGGCACCAACUCGCUCCACGGGGACAUUCCGGCGAGCCUCGGCCGCCUCCGCCGCCUGCAGGAGCUCUACUUGGGAGAAAACUCCUUCUCCGGCACAUUACCAGUCAACCUGAGCUCCUGCACCAGCAUGACCAAUAUGGGACUGUACAACACCAAGCUAAGCGGGCGCAUCCCGGCUGAGCUCGGCGAGAAGCUCACAGCCCUGGUAGCGAUCUCGCUGAGAAACAACAGCUUCACAGGGCCCAUCCCAGCGUCACUAGCCAAUUUGUCCCGUCUACAAGUCCUGGACCUCUCCAAUAACCAGCUCGUUGGCUCGAUUCCACCAGGGCUUGGCAGCAUCCAGAGCAUGCGUUUUUUCAAUCUCUUUGGAAACAACCUCUCCGGUAUGCUUCCACCUUCUCUCUACAAUUGGUCGUUGAUGGGAGCAUUUGAAGUAGGGUAUAAUAAGUUGCACGGAAACAUUCCGGAUGAUAUUGGUAGCAAGUUCCCCAAGUUGUAUUAUUUUGGCUUGGGUCAUAAUCAAUUCACAGGAACCAUCCCUUCCUCAAUAUCCAACAUAUCUUCCCUUGAAACAAUUGGCCUCUACCAUAAUGGAUUUAGUGGGUACGUGCCUCCCACAUUGGGGAAGCUGGGAGCUCUCCAGACACUGUACUUUGCUGACAAUAAGCUUGAAGCGGAUGACAAUGAUGGGUGGGAAUUCAUCACUUCUUUGGCAAACUGCAGCAAACUGAAGACGUUGGAACUCAGCAUCAAUUCUUUUGGAGGACAACUACCUGGUCCAAUUGUGAACCUCUCAACGACCCUCCGGUUCUUGCAGGUAAUGAACAAUAGGAUCUUUGGGAGUAUCCCUGCAGACAUUGGCAAUCUGGUUGGUCUGGAAGUACUUGGAUAG